AUGGCGGAGUACCAGUGCGUGAAGCGCACCAAGCUGGUGCUCAAGGGCGCCAAGGAGAAAAGCAAGAAGAAGCACAAGGAGAAGAAGAGGCGGCGCGAGGAGGAGGCGGAGGAGCAGCUCGACGCGGUCGGGAGCUGGUGGGCCGUCAGUAACUUCGGUGAAAUUACGGGAACUAUCGCCAUAGAAAUGGGCAAGGGAGCUUACAUCCAUGCUCUCGACAACGGCUUGUUUACGCUUGGAGCUCCGCAUAAAGAUGAUGAAGGCCCUAGUCCUCCUGAGCAGUUUACAGCAGUAAAGCUUUCAGAAACAAGGAUUGCUCUGAAGUCUGGUUAUGGCAAAUACCUUGGUGUAAAUUCAGAUGGACUCGUUGUUGGACGUUCAGAUGCUAUAGGRUCACGAGAGCAGUGGGAACCUGUCUUCGAAGAUAAGAAGAUGGCAUUGCURGCAGCCAACAGCCGCUUUAUUAGAUGUAAUGACGAAGGAGAUAUAGAAGCCACAAGUAAAACUGCAGGAGAAGAAGAAAUGAUAAAGAUUCGCAGUUGCGCUGAAAGAGAAGCUAAGAAGAAAGAUGACUUUCCAGAAGAGGACAAAGGAAAUGUUAAACAGUGUGAAAUCAAUUAUGUAAAGAAAUUCCAAAGUUUUCAAGACAAAAAGCUCAAAAUAAGCAAAGAAGACACAAAAGCCCUCAGAAAAGCCAGAAAGGAAGGCACUUUUCACGAAACACUGCUUGACAGGAGAGCAAAAGUGAAAGCUGAUAGAUACUGCAAGUGACAUCCAGCUGAUCCAUCUUCUGUAUCUUUGGUGACAUGGUCAAGCUAAAAACAAGAGUGAAAAGUUUUACAAUGAUGCAUUUUUUUACAGAAGGCCUUUUGUUAUGAUAUUUUUAAAGGAUCAUCUGAGAGUAGUUUGUUCACUAAUGUCAUUUUUCAGUAAUAUGCUUAUCCUAAAACCCCGUGAUGUUGAAAUUAUUAUUUAACUGAAAACAAAUUAUUUUACCCACUGAAUUUCCCAAAGUUGAUGGAAGGAACCUGAAGUUAGAGGUGGUGUCUAAGGGCAGGAAGAGAACAACCACAAAUUUUGAAAGCAGAGUAUUGUUAAUACAUUAAGCCAUUAAGAAAUCUGUAAUUGAACAACUAAGAAAUACUUGAAAAUGAAUGUCUUUGAAUACAUCCUGUUAGAUCCAGGUAGAACUUUUCACGGAGCCUCUGCAUUGGCUGAGGUUAUUGGCUGGGAUUUUCAGGUUCUAUAAAACAACAUUGGUAACAGGACCAGUGUAUAGGUGAAUAAAUGGCGUAAUCUGUGUACUGGCAAGAGUAUGGACAAAUCACAAGAAUCCUGUAACUAAUGGAAAUGCAGAUGCUUCAUAAGAAAAGAGGAGGACUGUUUUGUGUGAGCAAGGUGCGUAUUUUAUGAGAGGGCAAGGAAUUUGGUUUCAGCUGAAAUUUUCCUGGUUUGUCCGUGUUUAAUAUUAAAGAAAACAACAGAGACCUUUUUUAAGGUCAUAUUAUAGUAUGCAUUCCUCAUAUCUCCUGUAAAUAGUAUUUCUUCUGUUUCUGUUCUGAUUAUCAGAAAUAUUUUCAAUAAAAGCCUCUCUAUAGGAACUACUUUGUCACCAAGUAACCUUUGUGAAGUAGGUGAAGGAUCUGUGACCAGCGCUGAGUCAUGGAAACCUGAGUUGUCUCCAUGAAGGCCCUUUCUGACUGUCAGUAUGAACUGCACAAAUAAUACAAAGCUCGAAGCCAGUGCAAGAUAAUGAGAUCUCUUGCAAGAGCCCAAGACCAGACCAAUAAAUUCUAGUCAGUGAUGACAAUUUAAAUUGGUCUAAUUUCAUAGGCAGUUGGUCUUUAGGAGAAAAAGCAUAAAGAAUUUAAAUACCUCAUAAUKGUUUAAACCCACUAUUGAAUUUUGAACAUUAAACUAAAUUGUAACUAUGUAUGGAAGGCUAGUUGAGGGUAGCCAUAAAAGUAUUUAUCGUUCUAAGGAUUUAGAAAAGCCCGUACAAAUUUAUGGAACUGAGAAAUGAARGAACUCUGGUCAAAUUCAAGUUACAA